AGGCGUCCGGAGCCACCUGCGUGUUCCCACCGCGUCGUCUGCAGAUAACUCUGUUUGGCUGCCGUAUCGCAGUGUCUUUAUACUGCGGUUUUGAACAUUGUUCGCCAGUGAGGUGCCCCGGGGCCGGCAGGCGACAUUUGAUACCGAUCCCUGUGUAAUUGGAGAGAGCUGAGCUCGUGGAAAGCAUCCCACGAUGAAGUUGCUCGCGCUGAGCGUGGCCCUGGCGGCCUCGCUGUGCACCUGUGACGCCUCUCUGGCCAGUGUGACCUACACGGAGGACCAUAAGUUCCACGUGCAGGACGGAGUUGCCGAGAACUGGGUGGCAAAGGCCAACUUGACGCGCAAAUACUACCAAACUGGCUGGGAUUUCCUUGAGGUGGAGACCAAUGGCGACUAUCCCGACAAGGACCAGGCCUAUGCCGCCGGCCUGGUGGAGGCCUAUCUCACCAAGGAUCUCGUUGUUAUGCACUGGAACAACACCGUUUCGGGCUACUGCCAGUGGCAGGGCCAGGAGAUGUGUGACAAGCUGAACGACUAUGUGGCCACUAACGAGCAGUGGGUCAACUCGAUGGUGGAGCAGAACGCCGCCAGCGACCCCUACUGGCACCAGGUGGGUCUGGUGUACCAGCAGCUCAAUGGACUGAUUGACGGCGUGGACCUGACGCCCACCAUCCCCGGAGACCCCGGAGUCAAGUGGCUCAACAUUGCCGGUGACCUGGAGGACCUGGAGGUGGCGCUGACGACGCCCGCCAACAGACCCAAACACCUGAAGGCCUCGUGGGGCUCUCGGACGCUGGGCUCCGGUCACUGUUCGGCGCUGAUCAAGGUGCUGCCGGGUGGAGAGGAUCUCUACACGGCGCAGGUCACCUGGAGCAGUUUUCAGAGCAUGAUGCGUAUCCAGAAGCGUUACGUGUUCAACUACGGACAGACUGACGGGCCGGACAAGGUGGCCAUCCCGGGCCGUGUCUCCACCUUCUCCUCCUACCCCGGAAUUCUCUCAUCUCAGGACGACUUUUCGAUUCUGUCAUCUGGCCUGGUGACCCAGGAGACCACGAUUGGCAACAGCAAUAACGACCUGUGGAAGUUCGUCCAGCCGGAGGGCCAGGUACUGGAGUGGAUCCGAGCCGUGGUGGCCAACAACCUGGCGACUAGCGGCGAGGAGUGGACGGACGUGUUUGGCCGCCACAACAGCGGCACCUACAACAACCAGUGGAUGGUGGUCGACUACAAGCGCUUCAAGAGCGGCGACACGGCGCUGCGGCCGGGCCUGCUCUGGAUCCUGGAGCAGAUUCCCGGCACCGUGAUGGCCGAGGACGUGACUGGCGUGCUGCAGAGCCAGCAGUACUGGCCCAGCUACAACUCGCCCUACUUCCCCGAGAUCUUCAACAUGUCCGGAAACCCCGAGCUGGUGGACGAGUACGGCGACUGGUUCAGCUACGACAUGACGCCUCGCGCGCGCAUCUUCCGCAGAGACCAGGACGGCGUCACCGACGUGGGCUCCAUGAUGAAACUGAUGCGAUACAACGACUACAAGAACGACCCGCUGUCAGCGUGCGACUGUGAGCCGCCCUACUCGGGAGAGAACGCCAUCUCUGCUCGGUGCGACCUGAACCCGGCCAAUGGCACCUACCCGUUCAGCGCUCUGGGGCACCGCGACCACGGCGGCACCGACAUGAAACUCACCACCACCAAACUGAUGCCUGUGAUGGAGUUUAUCUCGAUCGCCGGCCCGACGUACGACCAGCAGCCGCCGUUCCAGUGGAGCAAGGCCGACUUUGUGGACACGACACCGCACUGGGGCCACCCAGACUUGUUCCAGUUCGACCCGAUCCAGUGGGACUUCCAGUGGCAGUAGGUGCCGCUGUGGCUGCCCGCCCAGGCGGCGCUGGUGGGAAGGGAGCCCGCUGUGUCGACCCGAGUGGUAACUCCGUGGUGGCCAUCAAUGGACGCGCUGCUACCGCGUGGUAAUGUAAACUUUUUAUCCAUAAAUGCUCGUCGGCUCCAAUAAAAUAUGUACAACAAA